AUGCCGCGAAACGUUCUAUCUAUCCCGCUAAAGCGCACUCCUUCCGUUUCAAGCGCGCUGAGCACAGCCAUCCGCAACUACAUCUCGAACAACUACAGCGAUACCCAUCCAGACGCCUUUUCCAACGACCUUCGCGAAUUUGUGCGUCUUCGUGACCAGAUCUGUUCGGUAGAAGUCCACGUCUCUAGCGUUGAACCGUUACUGCGCUAUCACGCACAGCUGGUUUUCUUUUCUACCAAGUUCCCUGCCAACAUCAACCUUUCAUUCCCUUGGUCACUGUCCUUCCCCCCCUCUCUGCCGUCAUGGACAAACACCAUCUCGGGGGCUAUGGAGGCGACCAAGUCCGCAGAAGCGGGUCCAGCCUCGGGCAUUGCAUAUGCAACCAGUGAUACAGUCGCACACCCGGAUCUUGCAUUCGAACGCGCCAACCUCCUCUUUAGCUUAGCCGCUCUCUACUCGGCGCUCGGCUGUGCAGAACCGAGAGCCGAGAACGAGAGCAUCAAGCGUGCGACUGCAUGGUUUCAAAACGCAGCGGGGGUACUGCAGAACAUUGUUGACCAUCUCGUCGAGCCCACACGCCUUCUGCUUCCACCUUCGCCGGAUUUCAAUCCACGCCUGCUUAGCUGUAUCCGAGACCUGAUGCUUGCACAGGCGCAGGAAUGCUUCUGGCAGAAAGCGGUGAUGGACCGUCUCAAGGAUGCCACCAUCGCCAAGCUUGCUGCUAAAGUUGCCGACUACUAUGCAUCUGCGCUUCAAGCUGUUACAGAAGCUCCCACUCAAGACGGCAGUAGUCACUCAGAUCCAGCGGACACUGCCAAGCUAACGCUCCCCUCCGGGUGGGAGAAUCAUCUUGCUGUCAAGCGGUGGCACUUUGCAGCAGCUGCGCAGUAUCGAAAGGCGUGCGACGAUCUAGGUGCGAACCGCUAUGGUGACGAGCUGGGUCGAUUGCAACUGGCCGAGCAGCACGUCAAAAGUGCGCUUGAUUCGGCCAAGAAAGGUGUGAAUAGUGCUAUCACGAGCGAUCUCGAAAGCUUGCAAGCCAUCAUCAAAAGCAACCUUGCGCGUGCUACGCGCGACAAUGAUCUCAUCUACCUCGAAGCAGUGACUCCUGCUGCGCAGCUCUCACCGAUCCAGCCCGCAGCUAUGGUCAAGCCUGUGGUACCUCCCGAGGUAGCCCAGCCCACCGCGUAUCUUCGCGACGCUUCUGCUGCUACUGGGUCCAAGCCGGGGUUUGGUCGACCGUUGUUUGCCGAACUUGUUCCAUAUGGAGUUCAUCUCGCCAUCAGCAUCUACGACGACCGCAAAGAUUCGUUGGUACGCGAUAGCAUUGCCAGCAAGCGCGACGAGCUAGAUGCCAUUGCAACGAGCACACUUCAGAGUCUCAACUUGCCAGGAUCGCUACAAGCCUUGGAGCAGCCGAUGGGGCUGCCACCUGCCUUGCUUCGAAAGCACGAAGAGGUGGUAGCCGAAGGUGGUCUGGAGCGACUGCAGCGGAUCGCCCAUGAUGUAGCUCGGAUCGCCGCUACGGACCGAGACACACUAGCCGAAGCGCUGGCAUUGAUCGAGCACGAGCAACGUGAAGACGAAUCGGUGCGAGCGUCGUUUGGCACGCAUUCUAGCUGGGCAAGGCAGACGAGCAGCGAGGUGAAUGGCGAUCUCAAGGCUCAGGCUGCCGAGUAUCACGGUACACUGGUGAAAGCGGCUGCAUCGGAUGAGAUUGUACGGCGCAAAUUGGAAGAUUGGGAGGAUUUGAUUGAUGUCUUGGGUGGCGAUGUUGCUGGGUUGGAGGCAUUCGUUCCAUCGACGAAUCCUAAUGUGUCUGCUGUUAGUAGUGGGGCGCGUGGAUCGGAUGAACAGGUGCAAGCGGUACGUGCGCUGCGCGAGGAGCUUGAGCAUCUCGACGAUCUGCUCGACUCGCGUUCUGCCUGCGUCACCGAAGCCAAAACGCUCGCUGCUUCUGACGACAUUCGAGCACUCGUCCUACGCGAAGCUGCAUCGCUCGCUUCCAACGUCUCUGGCGUCGCCGAAGUAUCGGGUGCCGACUUUGAAGAGCUGUUUGACCACGAACUGCGCAAGUACGCGCGUUUCACCUCGGACCUCGACCAGUCUGGUUCGCUGCAAGAAGCGCUAUUGCAACGCAUCGAACAACGCAAUGCCGCGUUUGUGCAGGCGAGGAAGAGCGACGCUACAAUCCAACGUCGCGAGAAAGCACUACAGAAUCUCGACUCGGCGUACAUAAAGUAUCGAGAGCUCUCGAGCAAUUUGGUAGAAGGUUUGGAGUUUUACAAUGGCCUCGCCAAGAUCUUGAGUGGAUACAGGGAUGCGGUUAAGGAGUGGGCGAGAGCAAGGCAGGUCGACUUGCAUUGGUUGGUGCAUCAGAUGGGGAGGAUGAGUGUGGAUCAGCCGCUGCCGCCGCCUGAACAGGAGCAGAAUACGCAAUCACAACCGCAACCGCAGCAGCAGCUUCAGUCAUCUCCAGCGAGACAGACUAGGAGCCAAACUCGUCUCUCGCAACAUCAGCAGCCGCCACAGCCGCCACAGCAACAUCAACCGACUCCACCUCAAUGGGGCGCUCUUCCACCUGGAGCCAAGAUUCAAUUUGGCGACUGA